GGAGAACUGUGUGAAUUUGUCCCAGCAGGAUUGACGCCUACGGUUUUGAGAGACGUGGCGAUUUGGACUCCUACAAGGAGAUGAUGAAUCAGUAUGUAGAUGUCCUCAACAGGAGGUCCAUGAGAUGGUCAAAGCUCCUUCAGGAGAAGCCUCAUGUGGAGAAGAACUUCACAGUGAAGAGGUUUGUUCGUAAAGGUGUGCCUAAUGAGCACCGUGCCAGGAUCUGGAUGGCGGCUAGUGGUGCCCAGGAACAGCUGGAGAGUAAGCCGGGUUAUUACCAGUCUCUGCUGGACAUGGAGCAUGACACCAAGCUGAAAGAAACCAUUCACACAGAUAUGCACAGGACCUUUCCUGACAACAUCCUGUUCAAGAGCAAAGCAGAGCUAGGCAUGCAGAAGGCUCUGUUCAAUGUGCUGCUGGCCUACGGACACCAUAAUCCUACAGUGGGCUACUGUCAGGGCAUGAACUUCAUUGCAGGCUACCUCAUGAUCAUCACGAAAGACGAAGAGAAAUCCUUCUGGCUUAUGGAUGCACUGGUGGGCAGGAUACUCCCAGACUACUACACCCCGGCCAUGUUGGGUCUGAAGACUGACCAGGAGGUCCUUGGUGAGCUGGUUAAGGUCAAAGCUCCUGCAGUAGGACAGCUCAUGGCCCAGUAUCCCGGCAUAUGGACGCUGGUGGUGUCUCGCUGGUUUAUCUGCCUCUACAUCGAUGUACUCCCUAUUGAGACUGUUCUGCGGGUCUGGGAUUGUCUUUUCUACGAGGGAUCCAAAGUACUUUUCCGCGUGGCUCUUACUCUCAUCCUUCACCACCAGGCAGAGAUCCUGAGAGCGCGCUCUUUGCCUGACGUGUGCGAGUGCUUCAAACAGAUCACUUCUGGGGCUUUCACUCUGGACUGCCACACCUUUAUGCAGAAGAUCUUUACGGAACCUAAGAGCCUGUCGAUGUCGACUGUUGAUAAACUGAGAGAGAAAUGCAGACAACAAAUUCUCAAGGAGGAAUCAGGACACCCAUGAGGUUCAGGACACACUUUCCCCUUAUACUGGAUUUAAUAAAACAAAGGCUCAGGCAGCGUAAGUAACACUGUACAGUCAGGAAUGUAUGAAACAUGACUACAGGAACUGUAUGAAACAUACAUGUUGGUGACUCUUCUGGUUACUUCUGUGAUUUAUACUUUGUUACACUCUAAUCUGGCAGACUGGGUAUCUAAAUAUGAAGGCUUAUGCUUCUGAGGCUUUUCUUUUGAUUUUGACUCCAAUCUUUCACCUACUAUAUUUGCUGCUAUAUAUACAGAAGUACAUUAAGAUCAUAACGCCGCACCAAACAGCAUUUACAUGUGUAUUUUCUAAAAACACUUUUGCUUUGGUGAUUAUGGACGGAUCACUUAUUUUUACUGUGAAUACUUUUAGUUUUGUCUCUUGCCUUUAGGACUGCUGUUUACAGGAGAACGUAAAGCUGAAGGGUCACGCUUUUAAUGUGGUGGUUUCUGUUCAAAUUUAUGGAGCUCAGUCUCAUUUUUCACUUUUUUUUGUAAAAUAAAACCCAUUA